UCCCCACAGGUGGGCGGGGUUUGCGGCACCAAGCGAGGCUCACCUGGGCGGGUGCCACCCACCUGCCUGAGCUGGCCUUUGACCCGCCCCCGGCCAGGGAGGACAAUGGACAGCCGGCCGGGGGUGGGCCUAAGGCCAAAGGAAAAGAGGCUGACUCCUGGGCUCAAGCCUCUUUUGCUGCUCUUCCUUCUGGGAUCAAGAUCAGGAUCAGGAGUGUAUCCAGGCGGCCGGACUGAGGUAAGUAACCGGCCUUCUUUAUUUUUGCUUGCAUUUGGGCGGCAGGGGGGGCCUCGCUCCCCACCGCCGCCUGCCCGGUGCCCCUUCCUACCCAGGCGGGCAGCACGGGGCUCCAGCAAGGCCGCGGCUGGGCCUGCUUGCUUUUACGGCGGGGGGGCCACUGGGAGGGCGGCACAGGCCUGACUAGGCCUCAAAACGCGGCCUAGUCCCUUUUCUCAGUGGUGGGGGGGCGGCAUUGCCCCUGCAGGAGGUGCCUGCUGACCCAGGAGGCUCUGUUGAGAUUUAAGAUUUAAUUUGUCUGUUGAGGCUUAUUGUUGUGCUUGGUUGAAGCUGCUGCUGCCGACCUGAGCGGGAUGCACGGGCCCCAGCUAGGCAGCAGACACUGCCUGCUUGUUUUUGCAGCUGGGGGGGGUGGCAUCGCGGCCAGCCACUGGUGUUGCUGGCAAAAAUGGGUGACGCGGGCCUCAGCUGGGCUGUUAGGCCAGCCUGAUUGUUUUGCCACCCGCACAAGGGGGCCACAUGGCGAUCUUUUUGAACUGAAUCACACUGGGGUGGGGGUGCCUCGCCGGGCUGCAGGGCAACCCACUUUUUUCCUUAUGGGGGGGGGAGCUAAGUCAGGCUGCAUGGCGGUCAUGCUUGCACCCCCCUGUUCCCCCAAGUUGGUGUUCAGGAUGUGUGCUAACUGUUUCUAUUUUUGCAGUCUUAGCGUUUGUGCGCAGUUAGGUUGGCUGGUUCUGUCUUUCACCAAAAACAGUCCGAUUGCAAAUAUAAAUAAAUCUAAUAAUUAUAAUUAAUAUAACAAAAACAAAAACAAACAAACAAAUACAACAAACUGCCAUCAUACUUGGGUAUUUGCAGGUCUUAGUAGUGGUGACUUGCUUCAAGGCGCGUUAUGUCUCUAGACAUGGCUGCUGAUCAAAGAGAAGGCUCCCCCUCGCACUCUCUUGGUGUCGUAGGGGUGGGCACCCCAAGAGCCGCAUCGAGGGGUACCCCUAGCAAUGCCGUAAAGGCAGCCAACAGGGUUAAAAAAAGGGCCUUGUCUUCUAGCCGGAAGGUCCCACCUAUGAAGUUAAUUAUCUCUAAGAAAAAAGUGAGGGAUGAUGGCCCCUCCACCUCUGAUGCCAGGCCCUACAGGGCCCUCCCUAAGAAGAAAAAACGGGCAUACACAGAGGAGUUCACUGCUGAGAGCGAUUCUUCCCAGUCCAGUGACGACGAUGUGCAGGAAUUGCUGCGUCAGAACCGCAGCCUGCAGCGUCGCCUGGCUAGGGCUAAGGAGCGCUUAGAUAAGUCUAAGUCCCCUUGUCGACGCUCUCGCGAGGGUAGGUGUAGUCAUAGGUCACCUGUUUCGAGUUCAUCAGACAGCUCCUCCAGCCCUGAUUCACGCAGAACACGUCGCAGGAAGAAGAGGUCUUGCAGAUCGAGGAAGCAUGGGCGUAAGUGCAAGAGGGACUCCGCAGAUUCUUCAGAUCUUUCAGGUACGUGUGAUUCCUCCAGUGGCGAGUCGGAAGAACGGUGCAAAGUGUACUGGGUUACUACCCACAAGGCCCCUGGCCUGCCUAGUCGGAUUUGGGAACGUCGCACCUGGCGCCAUCGCCGUGCCUUUGGAGCCAAGGAGCCAUGUGGGGAGGAUGGGCUUGAUGCGAAAGGGAAGGUGCGAGAUACUGGAUUUCUCAAAAACAGGGCAUAUAGUCUCCCAAACUUGGAAGUUUGGAAGGCUUUUCUUUGAAUGUUUUUUUCUUUGAAGAAAAAAAUAUUUUAAUCAACAUAGCCUUUAAAUAACUUUUUCUGAAACCAGAUGAUGAUUUACAUUUGUCAAGAACUGGGGAUUUCACCCUAAGAAAUCUCAAACAUCCUCCCAAAAAUGCUGUGUGGGUGGGUGAGUGUAUAUAUAACAUUUUCUCAAAAAAGAGAAGCAAGAUUACUUACACAAAGGACAGGUGUGAGAUACCUCUGUCAUCUCCUACCCAUUCUCUCAGCUCUCACAGAACAAUUAAGAUGAAAUCUAGAGAGGAGUUCAGCAUGUUUUCAAACCAGCUCUUUGUUUUUAAGGCCUCUUUGUGCCACCUCAAAGGAGAGAUGAACCAUUAAGCAGCAAAUACACACCAGAAUAUCCUAUUGCUGUCUGGUUGCCCUAAAGUCUAAUGUUUAGGUCUGGAAUUCAGACAAAUGGCAGAGGUUUACCUCCCUCAGCACCUUUGGAAAGUGAAGAAAGCAGCCCUUGCCCAGCCAUGGCACAAUAUUUUUGGAAUGUCAUGCUCUCUCAUUUCAAUUGCGGAAAUCCCUAUAAGCCCCUAUAAACAGAAGGUGCUUUAAAAGUACAGGCUGUUUAUGACCUUACAGAUUAAAACCAGCACUUUAAACUGGCCCCAUAAACCAACUAACAGAUUUAUAAAAUUGGAAACCAGAUGAGGUUUCUGAACGCCAUUCAAAGGCAGCUCCACAUAGAAUAUUUGCACUAACCUAAUCUUGAUGUCACCAGAGCAUAAAUAUUUGUAGCACCAUCCUUUUUUAGGAAAGGGCACAGUAGGAGUACUUCCUGAAACUGGUAAGAAUCACUAUUGACCAACACAGCUACCUGGAUAAAAAGGUAAAGGUAAAGGGACCCCUGACCAUUCGGUCCAGUCGUGGCCGACUCUGGGGUUGCGGUGCUCAUCUCGCUUUAUUGGCCGAGGGAGCCGGCGUACAGCUUCCAGGUCAUGUGGCCAGCAUGACUAAGCCGCUUCUGGCAAACCAGAGCAGCGCACGGAAAUGCCGUUUACCUUCCCGCCAGAGUGGUACCUAUUUAUCUACUUGCACUUUGACGUGCUUUCGAACUGCUAGGUUGGCAGGAGCAGGAACCGCCGACAUUCUGAUCAGCAAGUCCUAGGUUCUGUGGUUUAACUCUGGAUCCAAGAACUCACCACCUAAAGCUCCCAAAUAUCUCAUAUGUCUUGUAUCAAGUCAGCUUGGAAAAAUCAUUUUGGAGUUCUUCUGAGUAUGACAAUGAUACAACAUCUCAAUCUGUACAAAGCAGAACAUUGUGUAUGUGUUUUUUUAAAGUACAGCAUGUUGGGGGUUACUUCCAGUCCCAAAGCCAUGGGAGAAAACCAGUUUUACAAGUAACCUAGUGUCACCAUUAAAUUGACUAUUCACUCUUGUCCUGACUCCAGAUAUCCUUUGAAUAAGUCAUUCCCAAUAAAGAUUCCUGAAGGAUUCCACUGUUAGCUUUCUUUCACUAUGAAAGCUGUCCAUUCAUUAUUAUUCUUGUUUCUUUAUGUCUCAAUCAGUUACUGAUAAAUAAGAGCCCCCAUUCUCUUGUCCCAUGAUCGUUAAGUCAAAAGCUUAACAAUUUCUUAUCUUAUCAAUCUUAUCUGUUACUUUGUCAAUCUGUUAAAAAAAGAGUCCUGCUUGUCACCUGUAUUUAACAUUAUUAUUGUGGUAUGCCUUGUGGGGGAGUUUCAGUGGUUGUUACUGCUCCUUACUACUGUAACUUUCAACACCUAGAGAUUAUGGACAAGAUAAGGGAAUAUUUCAAAGAAAAAAACAGCAGGAGGCAGGAGAGAAAUGUAAUACAAUUGUCAGCAAAUGGAUCACCUCAAAUUGAUCCUGUAUAAAGUUAAUUUUAUUGCAUUGCUCACUGGAGUAAAUAAGAAAAGUGUAUGAGAAGAAAUCAGUCAGAAAUAUUUUAUGUGGACAUUUUUGUAAGAAGCUAGUAAGCAGAAAUUCAGAAAGUGUGGGCAUCAACAGGAAGAUAACAACCCAGAGUCAAUGCUGUGGGGUGGCAAUCAAUGGCAGCAAAUCAUAUGGGAAACAGUUAUUCAAGUGAUGGAUUUAUUGCCAGAAUUUGGUCUUUUGCAUUUUUCGGGGCCUGUUCAAAUGGAGCUUUUACUCUUUUGUUUUAAAUGUAUAUACCACUGUCAAAGCUGGACAGAGUCUCUCACACCAUUUCCCAAUCAACUUAAAAAAUAUAUUUUCCAGGGCUUUGCUGUGCUGAUUCAAUGAAUCUGAGCUUAAUCAGUUGCAUAUCUGCAUGCACCAGUUAUCUGGUGACCCACAUGGCAGGGUCAGGCAGAUAAUUCAGUCCACAAUAUUCUGCACCAUAGACUCAAACUGGUUUAUUCAUUCCCUCUCUCCAGGGAACUCUGGAACCUGUAGUUCUUUGGAGAAGACUACAGAUCUUUGGUGAGUCUUUAGGAUGGACAGGCAAUCAAUGUAAAUAAGCAAACCAUAACAAUAUAUACUCCUAGGAUAUCACUUCCUGCACUUCUGGUUUUGCAGCUGCAUACAUAACUGACAACUCAAGAAGUGACAGUACUGUAUGCACAAAUGUCCAAAAAAGGGAGAGCUAAACUGGAAUAGUGGCUAACAAACUAAGGUCCCCUCCAGUUGUUCGUUCUAUUGUGCAGUCAUAGUGAUUUGUGUUCAGGUCACAUGCAAUCCCAUUUUCAAUACUGUUUUCAUUCCCAAUUGGUGCAUAGUCCAUAACUUUUUGCUGAAAUCCCAUAACUUUUUAUACUACCAACCUUCUGGGGGGUUUUUGUUCCAGUUUAGCUGUGCCCCUCCAGACAGCUAUAAUGCGGUUGCAUUGCAGUAAUUAGAGAAGCACCGAAGAAUAUACUAAAGGUACCCCUGCCCUUACGGGCCAGUCGUGACCGACUCUAGGGUUGUGUGCUCAUCUCGCUCAAGAGGCCGGGAGCCAGCGCUGUCCGAAGACACUUCCGGGUCACGUGGCCAGCGUGAUGAAGCUGCAACUGGCGAGCCAGCACCAGCGCCGCACACGGAAAUGCCGUUUACCUUCCCGCUAUAAAGUGGUACCUAUUUAGCUACUUGCACUUAGGAGUGCUUUCGAGCUGCUAGGUGGGCAGGAGCUGGGAACGAAAGGCAGAAUAAUAUACUAAAGCAGAAUAAAUCUACCAACAAUGCAUUCUUCUUGCAUCUAUACCUCCAGGUAAAGGGCAGUAUAUAAAUUCAAUAUAAUAAUAAUAAUAAUAAUAAUGUUGUAGAAUUUACUUGCAAUAAAACUACCAGUUUGGAGGGACCCACAGGCUUCAUUUGUUGCUGUCAAACAGUAGCAAAAUGGGAGAGAUGGAAUGAUUUCCUGGGGAGAAGUAGGUGGGAUGAAGUGCUGAUCUCUUAUUGUGCUCACCACUUUCUCCCUGAGGUUGAAGUCCCCUCCCAUGUCCCGUCCUCUUCCAGCUAGGCCCAUUACUAUUAUCAAAGCCUGGCUAUAUUGGUUGCACCAGGGCAGGAGUCAGCACCAGUGGCUGAUGUCCAGGGUCCCACACAGCCGAAUGAGAAGUAAGCCCCCACAAAACAGCCUAUUUUGAAGGAAGUGAAGUAAAGCUCCUUUGUGAGAAUACUGACUGAAAUAUAAAAUUGCCUAACAGCAUCAGUGCAGAGAAAGGCAACAGGGGGAAAUGCUUUGUAGGUAGCAGUGGGUUCAACACAUACCCCUACCUGCCCUUCUCUUCUCUGCUGGAAAGGGUAAUGGAAAUGUGAUCGGCUGUCAAAGAAAAAGAUCUGCUGUUAUCAUGUGAGUUCUGCAUUGAGAAAUAAUGAUUUGCCCAAUUUUUUUCAGUGGAGCAGACACUUGAAUAUGGGUUUUUGUUAUCCAUAUCCAACUCUCUCUCUCUCUCUCUCUCUCUCUCACACACACACACACACACACACAGAGAGAGAGAGAGAGAGAGAGAGAGAGAGAGAGAGAGAGAUCUGUCCCAUCAAAUUUCUGCCUGGCAGCAACAAACAGCUCACUGAAGCAGAUUAGGAGUUGUUCAGAUCUAUCCAAUGUCUUAUUCAAGAAGGCUCAUGAGUGAUUAGAGGAAGAAUGAUACUAGUUUCUUCUGCAUUGUUAGUAUUUUAUGGAGCUGGCUUGAUGUUUUAUUACUUUCUCAUUGCUAAUUUUUAUUGUGGUUUUAUUGUAGUGUUUAUGUUUUUAUAAGUGGUAAGAAACUUUGAGAGUCCAUUUGAGCUGGUGGUGCAGUGUAUAAUUUUUGCAGUUAAGUAAAUAAAGUUAUUUUCCCCAUAGUUGGGGAAAUUAUUCGGCACUGUGACAAAUUAUGAUCAACGUGGGGGAGAGCUGUGUUCCCUAUCACAAUUCAUGUCACAGGGAAAACAUAACAUGAGCCUCUAGUUUUGUUCAAUUACAUCCCACAUGACAAUAGUAGCAAUGGCAGCUUUAUCAGAGUAUAAAACCCCGAAAUACUACACUUCAAAUGCCAAGGUAUCUCUACAACAGAAGUGCUAUUCCUGAGGAAAAACAUCUAGAUUCCAUGCAAACAUCUAGAUUCCAUACUUCUUUCAGGAUCUCUCUACCAAAUUUUGCCCACAAAGGCAAAAAUCUAGUUUAUGGAACAAUUUUCUGAUAUAAUUUUAGCAUAUAGAAUGACUGCAAUUUAGGAAGUUAAAAAUGCAGAAGGUAUUAAUUCACAAGGAAAAGAAUAAAGAUAACAAUCCACCACAGAACAAGGUACAGCCUCCCUGAAAUGAAUGCAGGACCAUUACUGAGUUCUGGCAUAGGUCCCAUGAGAAUGUCUUGGUAGGGUGUGUCUGAUGAGGGCAAUGUAAAUUUAUUUAUAAUUCAAUUGUUUUAAAAAAGAAUUUUGACUUUGAAAGCAAGGGGUGAGAAAUCAAGAAUUCAUCAGCAACAACUAUAGCAGACUGCUGUACUGGGUUUAGGGGUUGCUCGUGCGUAAGUUGCCGCCACUCCUGGCUAGGUUACCUGGUUGAACCCUUUCUGACUGGACAGCCUCUAGCUUCAUGGCUGUCUCAGUCGCUGGCAGUAUCCGUCAGUGGGCGUUUCUUGAACUUCUUCCAGCAAAAAAGUUAUUUGACGCCAAGUCUCCUCCUACUCUCCCUGUGCGGAAGUCUUCUGCGCAGGGAGGGUGUGGGCAGUGGAGUACCCGUACUCUCUCCGCUGGUCUCCAGCGAGGAGUCUUGGAGCCUCCUCUCCGAUUCACCCAUCUGCCCCCCUUUUCUACUGGUGUUACGCUGAUUUCCUUCCCCAGCAGAUGGGCUGCCUCUCUCCCUACUGGGACCCUCUCCGGCAUCCCUCUGGAGCCUUCCCUCUGCCUCUAGCUCCGAUGGCAUUUCCCUGACACCUGCCAUGUCACUUCUCUGCAUUUCUUACCAUACCAUGACUCUAGCAACCAGGUCUGACAGGCCACAAUCUUGUUCACACAAAGUCCAUGUCAACUAGCUUAAGAACCAUGGAAAAAGUGAAGGCUUUGUUGGCUGGCUUUACCAGUGCCCUGUGCAAGGACAACACAGUGGGGGACAGCUUUCAUCCAUGACCAUUUAGGCCAGGCUCAAUGAAGGAUAGUGCUCAUCAGCGAUUCCCUGGCCAAAUGAGUGACCUGUCUCCAACUAGACCAUCCACAACUACACACAACUUUGGGCACAAGUGACCUUGGGCGCUCUAACCUGAGUAACCUCGGCUAUGCAAAAGCCUUUGGAGCUUUCCAUUGAGUUUUCCUAAGACCAUGUGAGCAGAACACAAACACCUUUUACUGAUGUAUAACUAGAUGUGCUUUAUUUUUAAAAUUCUACUACAGUAUUUUCUCUUUGUGCUUGAGAAAUUUUGUUGCAUGCUCGAAAGUAAAAUAACUGUGACACAAAAUAAGGGCAAGGGGUGGAGGUGAGAGGAAGGCACAGAGGGCACAGCGCAUUCGAUGAGAAGGUGGCUGGUUGCCCCUGGCUCUGAAAAUUUCCUCCAAGCUGCUAAGAUGGUAAUUGCAAAACUAAAAAACUGUAAAUCUCAAUAUCUAUUUGCACAGCUCAUUAGCUAAAGGCCGCAGACUCUACCAAAGAGGAAGGCGGGAAAAAUAGAAGAAAGAGGAGCUUUAGCACCAAGAACAGUUCAGAAGUUGCUAUGGAAACCAGGCCUUCACAAGAGGCUUAGCAACUCCAGCUUAAAGUCCUGCUCUAAACUGUUUGCCCUGUUGGCAUGUCUGCUUAUACUGCCAAAAAGGUUAAAACUACAUUUGGGGAGGUGGGAUCAAAAUAUUUUUAGAUGAUCUAUAUACCUCAUUCUCUUGUUUCUUCUCUUCUCCCCCUAAACAUAACAUUAUGUCAGCCGCUCAACCCACUAUGCUAUCAGGACAGCAUGAUUUACUAUGUUAAAAGGCAAGCCCUAUAUCACCCCAUAAUGAAAACAUUAAAGUUAAUGCGUCAUAAGUGAGGAAUUUAUUACCAUUAACUCCAAUAAACAGUUAUAAAACACCCGUCCUUUCCUGUCCAGAAGACGCAGGACUUCAUUAAGCUCAACUUACUUUGCUCAAUCUUCACUAGACCGGUCAUGUGUGCUUUCGAACUGGUCACCAUUUAUUGUUAAAGCAGACUAGCUCAUUUUCCAGGGGAGUGAGGAAGGCUCAAAGCGCCUCCCCCCUGCCUCCUGUAUUCUCCAUUCAUUUUGUUCCACAGGCAGCUCUGAGCAGACGGAUGGGAGAGAAAAGUUCACGCGACGCGCGUCUCGAUGGGCUUAUUUAAACACUGCUGAAAUAUAUGCUCGACGAAAGCUGGCUUUGCCUCAACCUGCAGGCCAUUACUCAGAGAGGGUUGAUGUAUAAGUAAUAACAUAUGGGCAAGCUGUGUGGUGACACAGUCGGCGCACUGGCUCACUUCAGGGUGUCUUGUGGUCUAAUAUUUGCUGCCAGCACCUGCAAGCCCAAGACACAGGAGUCCUUGGGGUCCAGGGAUAUAGCUCUCAGUCACUGUAGGAGGUCCAUGAAUGAGAAGACCCAUUCUCACACUUCCAUCAAGGACUUCUCCGCUCUCGAUUGGUUCACACCAUGUUCUAUUAUCAUCCCACAGUUUGGGAGCCAUAUAAAAACACCUAGACACAUACUUCAGCUUCUGUCAUAAACAAUCUGCUGGUUACUUACUACCAAAGUCCAUUUUACACAAUAUUUUUUCCAAUUCAAGUCCAGACAAUAUGAAAUUAUGAUCAAUUGGGAACUCCAUACAGGUGGACACAUAUCCUUAAAAACUCAAGAUUAAGAACUAUACCAAGAAGUACUUGCUAAAACAUAAUGUAUGAAAAGCAACAAAGUGUUAUGUAGCACCUUAAAGACUAACACAUUUGGACGAGAGUCCACUUCAUCAGAUGCAUGAAGUGCAAUCGUCAGCUAAAUGAGGCAUAUAUAGAAGAUGUAUAAGUUGGAGUUAAAUGGCAAUUAAAUGCAAACAGUACAGUCUGAACAGUCCGAUUUGCACAAAACUGGAAAACUGCAAAAGUGUGUGCUGAUAAUUUUCAAUUGUCUGACUGUAUUUGUUGGAACACUUCCUGGGCAGAGAAUUUAACAACAACAUGUGCAUGUGCAACAUAUUAUGUACUGUAACUUAAGGAUGGGGAAAGGGAAGAUAAGAGUGUGAUUUGGGAAGAUAAAAUCAGAAAUACCAAAGACUGUGGCUAACAAGUGUUUCAUGCAUGAUUUGUUGCAGGUAACUUCCAGACUCCUGCUUCCCUGCAACAAAUCACACCCUCUCCCUGCUGCUAUGCAACUGUUCAGCAUCUCAUCAAUGAAGAGAACUCCCAAAACUCAGAAUCAGAUUCAUUCUCUGUGUUGUUCCCUAUUAGGGUUAUGCUAGCAUGAAACACUUGUUGGCCACAGUCUUUGGUAUUUCUGAUUUUAUCUUCCUUUCCCCCAUCCUUAAGUUACACAAUACAAAUAAUUCCAGAUGAUUUUGGUGGAAGUCCAAGGUAAUUUAGGGUGAGGAGGUGGGGCAGGGUUAAAGUCAAAAGCUACCACAACCAAUGUGCCAUUUUCCAAGUGGAAACAAUAGUAACAUGGAGAUAUAUAGGUGUCAUCUGGCCCAUAGGAGGUGGGGGCUCUGCUCCUUUAACCUCCAGUCAUGUCACUCAGGUGACUUCUGCCAUCUGAGAUAUUUUGACUCUACCUUGCCCAAGGGAUAAGCCAGACUACUGAAGAGAGGAUGAAGGAUGCCUGCAUCUGACCUCACCUCUGCAUUGUCUCAUGACCAGAGACAUAAAUCAGACAUUUACCCCUCCCUCCACAGACCUGAGUGUCAAUAUUCGUGAGAAGGUGGAAAAUAUUAAAAGAUUUUGCCAACAGAUUUCCCUCCUCUCCUUCCUCUUUUUUAGUACUUUUCUCUCUCCUUUAACUGUAGAGCUACAUUUUACAUAAAAGAUAGUUCUUCCCCAACACCUCCAUUUGUGCAUAAAAUGUACAAGACAAGAAGUCCAACAACCUGCUUCCACUUUGGAGAAUUUUAGAGCCAUUGAGCUGGAAAAACUGCUUCCUUUCUGAAAUAUCAGCAGUGCUGGGGCGCAAGUCUGAUGGGAAUUCACACCCUCUGACCUGGAAGACAUUUCCUCUAAUGACACAUCUGUUUGGGGCUAGUUGAUGUUACUCACUAAAGAAGGAAAGGAACUUCAUAUAAUCCAGAGCUGAGUGCUGUCACUGAAAACAGGUGCCGGGACUCAGCCCUGGUGAGUGAGUCCGGGCUCAGAUUAAGUGUUAGCUAACUGCUGAACUCCUUGUAAGUGCUCAAACCCUUUGCAAGUUUGAGAGGGUGAACAGGCACAAAUCCAUUGUGGGACUUCCUUUUCCUGUGGUGGCUGGUAGCCCCUGGACCGGGUAAUGCAGUGUGGCCAAGGAGGUGGCUGAGCUAUUACACCCCAGCUAGUAUGGCCAAUAAGCAGGAAUUAUCGGAGCUGUAGUUUAACUACAUUAGCAACCUCUGUUUUGAAGUCUGAUUGGUUUCAGCAGAAUUAGGUGCACAGCAAUCUUUAUAAUCAUAAUCAUAAUAAUUUAUUAUUUAUAUCCCACCCAUCUGGCUGGGUUUCCCCAGCCACUCUGGGCGGCUCCCAACCGAAUAUUAAAAACACAAUACAGCAUUAAACAUUAAAAACUUCCCUAAACAGAGCUGCCUUCAAAUGUCUUUAAAAAGUAAGAUAGUUGCUUAUUGCCUUGACAUCUGAUGGGAGGGCGUUCCACAGGGCAGGUGCCACGACCGAGAAGGCCCUCUGUCUGGUUCCCUGUAACCUCACUUCUCGCAGUGAGGGAACCACCAGAAGGCCCUUGGAGCUGGACCUCAGUGUCCAGGCUGAACGACGGGUGGAGACGCUCCUUCAGGAAUACAGGACCGAGGCCGUUUAGGGCUUUAAAGGUCACCAUCAACAUUUUGAAUUGUGCUCAGAAACGUACUAAGUUAUGACAGAAUUGUGUCCUUUUUUAUUUUUACUUUAAAUGUUAGAUUCAGUCCUACCCCACUUACUCCCAAGUCUCAUUGAACUCUUCUGAGAAGACAUGUAUAGAGAUGCACAAGACAGGUUAGUGUCCUGAAGAACUUAUACUAAAAUAGCCAAAACAGAAGAAAAAAGAAGAAAAGGGGCUCUAAACUUACCCCUCUACUUAUGUGGGGGUAAAUCCCACUUAACUCAAUAGGAUUACUUCACAUGAGACUUGUACAGAAUUGCAUGGUUAAUCUUAAAUCCUUUUUCAAGCCUGGCCCAAUCAUUGUGUCUCAACCUAAUAUACCCCACAGGGUUGUUGUGAGGAUAAAAUGGGAGAACUUCCUGUAUUGCUACCCUGAAUUUCUUGUGGGAAGGGCAACAUAUGAAUCUGAUAAGCUAUGUUUUUGAGGGUCCAUUAUGGGGAUAGGAACUGGGCUCUAAUCUUUGUACAGCCAUGAGGCUGAUGAGCCAGGCAUUAUUUGGUCCGGCAUUUUAUCUCCUUCUAGCCUAAUUCAAACGGUUGGUGUUGUUGUUGUUGUUGUUGCUGCUGUUGUGAGGAACUGUCCAAAGCUCCUUGUAACUAAGGUGGAAUUUAAUGCAAGAAUAGAGCCACCAAGUAUGUGUAAAAGGCAACAUUUUCAUUACUGUGGACUAAACUUAGUAAAUCCUGGGCAAGGAAUCCUUACACAAUGCUUUGAAAAAAAUUAACAUAUUUAUAUUCUUCCAGGAAGAGGUAGACAAUACUCUUUAAAUAAACAUCAGAGUGUGUGCAAAAGAAAACAGGAAGGAGAUGAGGAAGGGAUAAAAGAAUGUUAGGCUAAACAUAGGUUCCACAUCUUAAAAAACUUGGUCCUGAUUUUUCUUAACCCUCACCCAGCAGUUCUUUACAGUUAAGGCUGCAAUCCUAAUGUAACUAACCUAGGAGCAUUCAAUUGAAUUCAGUAGCACCUACCCUAUGUUUGACAUUGCAAUCUACGGUACUUUAAACUGUUUUUAAUGCAGUAUUUUAAAUUGUUAAAUUUAAUGCUACGGGGAAAAAAUUCUUCUCUUCUAAAAGCCUGGAGAUAGAGGUGCAUCUUCAUCCUCACUUCCCUCCUAAAAGUGUGUAUCACUGAAGAAAGGCAGAUCUCAUUGACGAGACUGUUCCAGAGUUUUGGAACUGACAGUGAAUAAACCCUACUUUGGCCCCCAUCAUGUUAAUAUUGUCUCUCACUGGGACUACCAGGACGGCCUCAUAGGUUGAUCUUAAAGCAUAGGUUGAUCUUAAAGCUGAAUAUUGUGGACCCCCUACUUUUGAAAAUUUUGAUAUCUCUCUUUCUAGUUUUUGUUAUGUCAGUGGUGACAUGGACCCCCCGGUGGGUUACAUGGACCCCCUGGGGUCUGCGGAUCACCAGUUGGGAACCACUGCCUUAAAGUGUCUCUCUAAAGUUGUUGUUUUCAAGUCCAUUAACAUGCUAAUGAUUUAGCUCAUUAGAGCUGAAGAUGGUGAAAGUUUCUGGCUGAUGUGAUCAUAUAAAGAGAUCUGGAGUUGAGCUAUGCUUCAGGAAAAGGGAAAGUGCAUUUUAAAUACACAUUUCCUAGGAGAAGGGUCAUAGCUCAGUGGCAGAGAAUCUGCUUUGAAUAAAGUAGGUCCAGGUUCAAUCCCUGGCAUCUUCAGGUAGGACUGGGAAGGCCACCAGUCUGGAACCCUGGAAACCCAUGGCCAGUCAGAGUAGAAAACACUGAGCUAAAUGGACCAAUAGUCUGACCUAGGAUAAGGCAGCUUCCUAUGUUCAUUGGGUACUUCCAGCCUCAUCCUCUUACCAUGACAGCUUGGUCAUGUGACUAAGUCAUCUACUGGUUUUGCACUUGGCUUCACCCUUGACCCCAUGUUAACCAUGAUAUUAUUUCUCAACCUACUUUCAAAAACCUUGUGACGGCACAGUGAAGAAACGUAACAAUAGUGAGCAUGUAUAUAGAGCUUACAAUGAUCAAACUUCUGUACAUAUAAUAUGUUGUAGUGAUCUUUAUAAUAAACACCUAAGGUAGAUUGAUCCUCAUAUUAUAGAUGGAAGGCUGAGGUCAAGAGCCUAGCCUAAUGGCUAUACUAGAUGUGAUCUGGUGCACAAUUGUUUUAAAAAACAAGAUUAGUCAGUAGGGGAGUAAAAUGGAUCGGGGCCAUGGUGUGAAGAGGGGAGGGGUGUUACUCCUUUGUCCCAACCAUGGUCAUGACUGGAAUAGCACUCCUACAUGCCUGCUAUUCGCAAUGGGAGGAAGACUCCCAUUGGAGUCAUGCCUAGUGCUUGUGUGAAUAGCAUCUUAUUGUAGUUGAAACUCUCAUUUGCCCACCACAGUGCUGGGUCUUUCUAAGAGCAUGAGAUCCACCAGCUGGGAUGACAGGAAGCUUGAAGGGUGUUGUGUGUGUUUUUUAAAGCAAUAUUUCACUAUACUUUCCUUUCUACACCUGCCUCUUUCUUGGGCUUUGUAGAGUCUGGCAUAAAGCCACACCACAGCUGUGAAGUUAGGAAGCCUUCUUGUGAAUCAUAUCCCACUCUAGCAAAGGAAGAAGGAGCAGUAAUCUUUGUGUGGGAGAGAAGGGGAGGAGGUUACUAAAAGCCCCUGGUGUUGGGCGAUAUGUGGCUAUUAGAUAAAAGUGCUUUCCAUUAGCAGAGAGUGAGAGUUUUGCUAAGUGCAGUUUAUCUGUUAAGGACAGAAUCAUAACAAACCCUUUGCAGAUAAAUGAAGUAACUAUUUCUGCUCACCUCCCUGCUGCUCCACGAUCCAUGGCAUCCUCUUGGAAUUAUGGAACAAAGAAGAGGAAGGGGGGAGCAGCAUGUUGAAUCGCAAAACAGAAAAUUCUAAGAGGAUCUAUUGAAUAAUAGAAAUUCUAUUGAUAAGACAUCCUAUAUUCUUCUAGAACUAUUAUAAAACAUUUAUUUAUAAUAAUGAAGAUGACUAUGAUAAGAACCAGGCAUGCAAUCACAUUAAUUCAAUUCUUGCUCUGUCAGAAUCUUGGAACCCUUUAUGAAUGAUAAGCUCAGUUCUAACUGUUGAUGGGGUGCUGUUUCAGAACAAGCCUUAAUCACGAAAUUCUAGUCAACUAAUAAUUGGCAUCUGUCCAUCUCAGGAGACCAUGGAGGAGUGAGUCUUUGGGAGUGAAGUCAAAUGUUGAAAGGUUAUAGUACCUGCUGUGGCUGUAGAGACUGAUACAGGAGAGACAUGUUUUGUUGCAGCUGGGACAGAUGAAGGUGUCUUGUUGUACUGCUGCAGAUGCAUCAUGGCAUUUCUAGUCAACUAAGUAGAGGUCAUCCAUAAAACUCAAAUGACUUGAUUUUGUGAAGCAGUUUUCUAACUCUAAAGGUUUUUUAAAGAUCAAAGUAAGAUUAAGGGUACAAUCCUAUGGCCUCUAGCAUGCCAUCCUAUGGUCACGAAAAAUAUUGUGGAACACCUUCUUAACAGGAGGAGUAGGAGAUCCAUCUUUGGAAGUCCCCACCCCAGGCAGAGUGGAAAAAAGGUACCAUUCCUGGUGCUUCCUUGUCAUUGAAGCUCUGGAAAUUGAGAGGGCAGAAAGGGAGCAUGCAGUGGAGGUUUUGUAUCCACUAGAUCUAAAGCCCUUAUGUUCUCAGAAGCAUGUCCUCAGAAUGGGGGUAGGAGAGCACAUCAGCCCUGGGACUGGAAUACUGACAAGAAAAAAAAUCCUCUCUUCGUCUUCCACUCAGCUGGUGAGAGCCUGGUAGGGCUUAGGAUUUGGUGCUUCACCUUCCCCACCAACUCUCUCUCUCAACACGGCAAUAUGUUGUGUGUGCUCGUAUGUGUAUUUGGUGGGCAUGAUUUAGCAAAAACGUUGGGGGGUCUGUGGGGCUUGCAAAUUUCAUUAAGGACCCCUCCAGCCACUUCUCCCAUCUUGUGAGCACUGCUAGCAUCCAGUUGACAGACCUGGACCUGAAUUAGUCAUUUAUAAGUACAUGAAAUCGGCCCUGGAAGGACAGAUCCUGAAGCUGAGGCUCCAAUACUUUGGCCACCUCAUGAGAAGAGAUGACUCUGGAAAAGACCCUGAUGUUGGGAAAGAUGGAGGGCACAAGGAGAAGGGUACGACAGAGGAUGAGAUGGUUGGACAGUGUUCUCGAAGCUACUAACAUGAGUUUGACCAAACUGCGGGAGGCAGUGGAAGACAGGAGGGCCUGGUGUGCUCUGGUCCAUGGGGUCAUGAAGAGUCGGACACAACUAAACAACUAAACAAGUACAUAAGAAUUCAGGAUUGUUGCAGAGCAAGAGCUGAAUUUGAUGGCUGCUGUUGGAUUUGUCUUUGGUAUUAUAAACGUACAAAUUUAUCAACAAUUCUAGAAGAAUACUGUACCAUCUUCAUUUCAUCCCUGUUUUGAAGGUUGAUAUCAUUCCCAGCCUUGAUUUCUCAGACUGCUCAAUGACUGAGGAGUUGGAGGAGAAAGCAGGGUCCCCCCAUCACAAGCCCUGCAAUUUCAGGGGGAACCUUGUAUGGAGUGCUUCCAGAGUAUUCUCUUUAGUGGCCCUUGGGGUGGAUUCCAGUCCAAUUUCCAGUCUGGUUUUGGGGAUCUGUGUAUUGUCCUUGAAUCCAGGGAUUUGAUUUGAGCCAGAAGUCACAUUUCCCACACCUCAACAUCAAUGUUUGGCCAAACUAAAUGAGAGCUGAAGUCAAUCUCAAGAGCAGUGUACUGUACUUCCUUGUGAAUACCCUAUUCAUAAAAUAUGCAUACCUGGAAGGGGGAAAGAUGCAUAACUUCUAGGCUUCUUCCCCUGCAUAACUCAAACCUGAGAAAUCAAGUAUUGCCUGAAAACGGCUUUAGAAUUAUAGCCAAGCACUGACAAGUAGCUGUAUUUUGUGUGUUUCUAUGAUACUAUCAAAAAAUAAAACUGGGAGGCUCAGACUGUUACAUAUACCUUUUGUCUGUACAUUGUCUCUGUUAUCCUUCAAAUGUUACAGCAAAGGCACAACCCAGACCCUGAGAUUUUUCUUUCAAAGAACCAGUGUGGGUUGUGGGAGAGCUGGAUCAGGACAGUGAUGUUGGGGGAAGGGGACUUUAACUUCCACCCUCACAGAGUUCUAUUCCAAAUGGGGGGAGACAGGCAUGUCAUGUGCAUGGGAUGAAAUGCUCUCAUUGGGGACCCCAAUUCUGACCACAGCAGGAGGCAGAAGGUUAAAGCACCACAUACCAUGGUUCCUAACCUGCAUAUCUCCAUGCCGGCUCUUUUGAGAGAAAAAAGACAUGCACUUAAGGAGGGCAAACCAUGAGAUUCAUGUCAUGUGUUGUUUGGUCCUCACCUAUGGAUCUACUUGUUAGUUCUUGCUAUAAUGCUGGGAAGCAGUCUUCCAUGGGCACUGAACAUGAAUCUAUCAUUCUAAGACCAGGAUAAUGCUGACUCUCACAGCUAAGAAAUGCCCAGUGCCCAGAGUAGAGAGCAAGUUCCCAGUUGGCCCAUGAAUAGCAGAAGACGCAGCCAACCUGAUUCAAAUUCUUCUGAAACUUGUCAUUGACAGCCAGAGUAGUAUACUAGCUAAGAGAGUGACCUUUGAAACAGGAGGUCUCCGCAUCCUAGCUCUGCCAAGGCCCCACUAAACGGCCCAAGGCAACUACAAUUUCACAGCCUCUAAACCAGCUGCAAAAUGGAGAAAAUACUACCUGUUGUAAGGAUUACGGAUGUAAUGUAUGUCAAGCACUUUGACUACUCAAAAAGUGUUGUAUUAAUUGCUUAUUUUCAUCCUCCUCAGAUGGCUGCAAGCAAACCCCCUUUUCUCAUCUUUUUGCUGACAAGGACAUCAUUCAUCACGGUAUUUCUAAAGGAUUAUCAAGAGACUCACAGCCUGCUUACAUGACUCUGGAGAAAAAGUGUACCUCUUAUCUUCCAGUAACAAAAAAAAGGGCAGCAGGGCUUGAGGAAAGGGCAGCCAACACCUGCAGGAGGUGUGUCUCUUGCCAGCUCUCAUUUCUAUCCCCCAACACCUCUGUCUGAACCAUUUCUGCCUCUUCUGGGUGAGUAGAUCGGGGAGGGGAGAGAGAGAGACAAAAAGUCACACAUGAUGGAUUUGACCACCUUAAUUAAUGUAAACAAGGCAAAGUGGAACAUCAAAUAAUGUCUUCAGCUGCUUGAAAGACAAGAGGAGUGGUGAAGGCAACACUGAAUGAAAAGAGGAGGGCUUUUGAUGUGUGGGCCAGCAGGUCCCCAGUUUGUAAAUAAAGAUGGCCUCGUAUCGCAGCUUAUCCAAAUAUUUUCAUUUACCAUUACAAGCUGAG